AUGUUAUGGAUCUAGACUUAAGCAAGAACCUACUCUAGCAAAUCCCUAAAGAGAUAUAGCAGAAAUGGUAAUAGAUCUAUUUUUAGAUUAUUUUUUAGCAUUAACCUCAUUGUCUUGAAUCUCUCUCACAAUAAAAUCUCAAAGAUUAGCAAUUUAAGUCAGCUUAAUCAACUCAAAUCUCUAAUUCUAUCAUCAAAUAGCAUCUCUCUGAUAGAAGGUCUUGAGUAACUGUAAAGCUUAGAAUUACUAGACCUUAGUUAUAACUAGAUUUCAGUUAUUGAAAAUAUAGCAAAAUGCUUGGAAUUAAAUAGUCUGUCAUUAGCUCACAACAACAUAAAAGAAAUCGGAGAUCUAAGCGAAAACAUAACACUUGAGGUUAUAGAUUUGAGAAACAAUAAGAUAAAAAACUUAGAAGAUAUAGAUCUAAAAUUUCCAAGUAGCUUGAAAUCUCUUUAUCUUCAAAGCAAUCUUAUUGGGGACAUACUUUAGCCAAGAUUAAUCAAUUUUCUGGAUAAUAUAUCAAUUGUCAACUUGAAUCAAAAUCCUAUUAUAGAAAAACUAACAAGUAAUGGCAUUGAUCCAAAACUUUUCAUACUAUUCUUGCUUAAUAAUAGAGUAAAGAAGAUUAAUAAUGUAAAGAUUACUGAGCAGGAUAAGCUUAGCUCUGAUGGAUUAUUCUUUGAUGCUAAUGGAGUCUAUAACUAACAGUUUGCUGAUAGUAUCUUAAUGAUGUCUAAGUCUGAGGAAGAAGUAUUUUCAUUCUUUAAGUCUAAACUCAAUCCCUUACCAAAGGGUAGAGAUAAAUCUGCAGAGCCAAAGUAAAGAAGCAAAUAAUACAUAUCACCUUCAUAAAAGAAUGUUAAAUCUUUGCACCAAAGUUCUCACAAGAAUCUAGUUAUUAUUUAAUCUGAAAUGAAAAGCCCUAGAAUUAUUGAGGAAAAAAGCUCUGAUGAUGUGAAAAGCUUUCUUAUGAAGAAUAGAAACCAGGACUAAAACCUAAAUAAGUUAGGAAACAGUCAUCAAAACUCUCAAAAUCAUUUAAAAAUUGCAAGCUAAGAGAACUCUUUAAGAAAUUCUGAUUAAAACUUAAGAGAAAAACUUUUAAAGUCAGAGAUAACCUAAUUAAGAGAGGAAGUUUCAUCUCUAAGGACAGCUCUACUGAGUUUAGAAGAGAAAUAUGAUUUAAAUAUAGAGAUCAAGAAGAAAAAGCAAGCCUAAAAGUUCAGGGUUAACAAAAAUGGGCAAAUUGCUGAUUUCCUCAGAGUAAAUCAAAUUUCUGUAUCUGGAUUGAAGAAAUCUCAGGCAUUACCGAAAAACGAAUUUAAGAUUACUAAAGUCUAAGCCAUAGUAAGAGGUGCUUUAGUAAGGUAGAGAUAUAAACUAUUCAUGAAACAACAGAAAAGCAUUGUGAAGAUUUAAUCGUUAUUUAGAGGUAUAAUAACGAGGAAAAAUCUCAUUAAAGAUGGUAUGAAUGUGAAGCUUAAAUAAAAGAAGGAUGAGCAGUAAUGCUGUAAGAGAUGUAAGGAGAGAGAUCAAGAGAUGCUUUUGUUGAUGUAAAAAAUUGCAACUAUGGGUGAGGAGAUUGAAGAAAAUAAGUAAGCUAAGCAUUCUCACGAUAAAGCUUUGAGAUAUUUAUUUGAUUAGGUCGCUUCACUCAGGUAGGUUAUCUCAGAAAUAUGA